AUGGCAACUUUCGAUAGCUUAUCUAUCAAAAUCGAACAAGCAGUCAAUCGCUGUCUAGAAUCUCAGGAGCAACUUGAAGAUAAUAUCAAAAAAUGUCUGGUGCCGCUUGCAAAUGCAAACAAAGAAAUUGUUGAUUUAAGGAAGUCAACUCUUGAACAUGUCUUCAAAAAGUUAUCUGCGAGAAUUUCUACAUAUCCACCUGAUCGUCUCAUACCAGCCGCAUUCAAGCUAUUGAAUCUUGUGCUAGGAUGUCAUGAAGCUGAGGGUUCUUUAUGUGAACAAGCCAUAACUUUGACGAUCUUAGAAGAGUUGAUGGAGACGCAACCUCUUGAGCUUCUUGGAAACAAACAAGAAAAGGUUGCUUGUGGAGAUGAAGCUGCAUUUUAUAAUACUUUUUGGAGUCUUCAAACUUAUUUUAGCAAUCCGCCGAAAUUGUUCAAAGACAAUAAUUUGGAAGUUGUUCUUAAUGUAAGCUGGUUUUCCGAUAUUAUUUCUCGUGAAAAACUCAAGACUGCUGAAGAAAAUUUAGGGGGAAGUCGAAAUAAUGAUUUUGAAUUUGGACUUCCUUCUCCUCCAAGUGAUGAUGGACGUGGAAAGAAAAGAAAAUUUAUGGAAACUGAUGAGGAAGAGUCAAUAACUUUUUCUAAGGAUUACGUUAAAUAUUUUCCUAAAUAUCUGUCGAGUUUUGCAUUAUUCGAUAAAGAGAUAUCCGAUCCAAACUUCCGAAGAAUUGUAUUAGUACAAAUUCUUAUUAUAAUGCAGUAUCUUACAGGAUUUUUCCCAGAGGAGCAGGCUCGUAUUAACAAAGCGAAAGCACCCCACGAUACUGCCGCUGUUCAAUUACCCACCUAUACGAUCAUGGAACCACAACAACAUAUGGUCCAAGAAAUAUGGAAUAAAAUCAUUGGACAACUUGAAGAAACAACAGCAAAUGGAAAAAAUUUUGUUCGAACAAUACUGCAUAUACUUAACAUGGAAAAACGAUGGAAUUAUUGGAAAUUUGCUGAUAAUUGCUCUUUUGGAUCCGAUAAAGAAACUAAAGAUAAAGCAGAAAGAGCGCGUGAAGAUUUUGCCGAAGCUUUGAAGAGAAAGGCUAAAAUGAAUAAACCUAUGGAACCUUUCGAACAUAAAUCAAACAAACUUUCGGAAUUUUGGACGAGAAAUGAUAACGUUGAUGAUGAUGAAUUCAUGGCAGAUGCUUCCCGUCAAAUAAUACCACCGGAUUUUUAUACAGUAUACGAACGAAUAAGGCAAGAUGGGUAUCCGCCAGAGAUAGGGUUUACCUUAGAUCCAUCAGAUACUGUGGAAGAGAAGGAAAUAAAAGAAAAAUGUUGGGUAAACAAAUGGUUUGCUUUGAGAACUGCUAGACAUCAUUAUUUACUUCAUUUUAACAAACCGGUCAAAAAAGAUGCGAAACUUAAAAAUGCAAAGGAAGAUGAAGAAAAGAAAGAUGACGUAGAAGCUUUGAAGAUGUUGAUUGAUGAAAAUCCUACUUGUAGUAGUGGCAUCGUCACGAAAAAGUGA